AUGGGUUUAAAACAAAAUAACCAAUUAUCCAAAAAAAAAGAGGGGAAAAAAUUACGAAAUUUAAAAAAGGUUAAAAAGAACAGUGGUAAAAAAUUGAAAAAUGGAUCAGUACUAAAAAAGAAGAAAACAGAGAAGGAUAAAUUAGAUGAGUUGUACAAGUUAGAAAUUCAAAACUACAAAAAAAAGGGAAAAGGCAAAAAAUAUUGUAAUGGGAGUGAAGUGGAUAUAGACACGUCAGAUGAUGAUUCUGAUUUUUUAAAUAACGAAUACGAUGAUAUAAAAGAAGUAUCAAAACAAGUUAAAGAACAAGUUAGUUUAUAUAGAUUUUUAUUAAGAACAAGAAUAUUAACUCAAAAGGUUUUAUGUUUAUCGAAUAAAUUACCUCUUUUGUCAUUCGUUUCGUAUAAAGAAAAACUUUCAAAUUGCGAUAAAAAUAGUAAUGAUGAAAAUCUAAAAAAUAAUGUUAAUGGCUCAUUAAACGAUGUACAGUUUAAUGAAGAAAAACUAAGGGAAGAUAUUUGUGAAUUACUAACCAUAUUGCAUAAUUUGUUGAAAAAGAAAUUUAUAAAAUUAGAUAUUCCAAUUAAUAAAAAUGCAUACAAUGAAAUAAACAUAAUUUGUGAUGAAGAAGAUAAACCUUUUUUUGAAAAUAGGACAAGGUUAUAUGAAAAAGAGACGACAGAAAGUGAACAGAAACUUUUUUCAGUAAUUGAUACAUGGUUUAGAUAUUCAAAAAAAAUGUGCCUAAACUUUUUUGACAUUAUUCAUAAAAUAACAAAAAUAAGUUCAGUUAAAAGUUUAAAGACGUAUGAACAAUCGAUAUCUUCUCAAAUCAAUCAAGUCAUGUUUGAUCUACCCUCCUUAAUUCAGAGUUCCUAUCCCCAAACAAUAAAUUACAAUGUUAUAGGGAAAGGGUUGUAUGAGCAUUUUUAUGAGGAAAAAGGGGAUUUUAAUUUGAACCAGUAUAUUUAUGAUGACGAGGUUUAUUAUAAAAAGUUUUUACUAAAUGCUAUCCAAAUUUUGAAAGAUAAUCAGGAAGACAGUGAAUUGUUGAAAUCACAGAGGGAAAUUUACAAAAUAAAAAAAAAAUAUGAUAACAAGCAUGUGAAUAAAGGAAAAAUCACAUCGUUUGAUCCAAAUCCCAAAUUAGUGAAUUUUAUGCUGCCGGAACCAAGGGAUAACAGAAUUGAAAGCUUAUACGAUUACAUGGAAAACCCUGAACUUGUUGACGUCCUUUUAUCAUCUUUGUUUCAAAAUUAA